UACAUGGCCAAAGUCAACAAUUGUUUUUAGUAAGAAUAGCCAGUUAAGCAAAAAUGUUUUUGGUUUUCAUGAUCGGACUCGUCUGUUUAGGUCUAACUUCUGGAGAGUCGAGACCUUCAAUUAAGAAAGGUGCGGCACUUACACCCAGCGUUAACUUCUGCAGUGACUAUAGUCCGUGGGGCGAAGAUGUGACAUGGUGGUAUGACUGGGGCCAUUGGCCAAUGUAUGAGAGACGAAACAACUGCACUGCCAACCCUGAAUGGACACCGCCGGAUCACAUAGAGUACGUCCCGAUGCAAUGGAAGUGGUGGAGUCGUACAAAUGUCACUGAUCGAUUUCCAUCAACGGGAAGUUACAUUCUUGGGUUCAACGAGCCCAAUCACAGGGGACAGGCUGAUAUGACACCAGCUGAGGCUGCUCUUGUGUGGCCAGAAAUGGAAGCUGAGGCGCGAAGGACCGGCAAACAGCUGGUGUCUCCCGCCGCAGUUCCCUGUGGGUCUGAGCUGAAUUGUCAUGGAGAUGCCUUCGAAUGGUUCAACGAGUUCUUCGACCUAUGUCAGGGUUGUCAGGUAGAUUAUCUCGCAACACAUUUCUAUACGUGCAACCCUGAUAGCAUGAUGGAUUUCCUUGAGGCGUUAUGGUUGGCAUAUGAGAAACCAAUAUGGCUGACUGAGUUCGCGUGUCCAGGUGGAGAUUCGACAGUGAGGCAACUGAACUACAUGGCUGAGUUACUUCCACGAUUAGAAGCAGCAAGCUUUGUGUUUCGCUAUUCCUGGCACACUUUCAACUGCUUUUCUAUUAAAAGAACCAUUUUGACAAAGAUGUACAUGUAUAUCACUCUGUUGAUUACACUGGGAACUCUGGGAGUAGUAUGGAGUUUUCCAAAUGGAGCACCCCAACAGGCAUGUGAUACAAUGAUGCCAAGGCACGGAAAGUAUCCCCAGAAUUGGCAACCCCUCCCUAAUUCGCCCAAAGAACCGCCAUUUGAAAUAGUACCGUUGAAGAAUGAAUACGUACAUGACAGAGAUGAAGUUCAUAUUCAACUUAGAGCUUUAUGGGGUGGUUACUAUUCCGGAGUUCUUAUCCAAGCAAGGAAGGUGAAAUGUCGUGAAAUAACCGACCCCGUGACAACACCAUUUCCCGGGUACUCCACGGCAGCCCCCCAUCCAAUCACCUACAGAGUACAUGAUGACCCAGUAGGAGAGUUCCGAACAUAUGAUGAUAGGAUGUCUGCGGUAACAUGUUGGAAUAGACAGCGGAGUGCUGCCACCCACACAACACGAAACUGGAAGAUCAAUGAAACAAUUUCAUGGACAUCAAAAAACGCCAACCUUGGCCCUGUGCUGUUCAGAGGCACAUUUGUAAGGCAACAAGAAGUAUUCUGGAUUGAGGUGAAUUCUACAAUAGUGACAGACAAGAACGCAUGGGACAUCCCAACAUGUGGGGUGGACAGACAUCUCUCUUCUGCACUACUCUACUCAGCAGCUGCCUUUAUAGUUUAUUCAAUAACAUGGUACAGACACCAUUAGUAUUAGAUUGUUUAUAAAUAGGCAUCAUUUUGAACUGUUUAGCCAUUUAUUAGGAAUGUUCCAAGCCUGAAGACUUUAAGUGAAAAGAUAGAAAAUGUAUUGUACAUAUUUGGUAUUUUUCGAUUCUGAAACAUGGUUAUUCUUAUAAUGUACAGUUGAAUUAACUAACAUCAAAAGUAUGCUGUAGUAAUAUAUUGUAAAUAUCAAACAUUUUAUACUUUUAUGUAAUACAAAUAUAUUUCUGUUUCAUCAUUCAUUGUACCAUUGAAUAUGUAAUAUGAGAACUAUUUGAAACAUACGUUUUCUUAUGUUAAUUUCAUCAAAUUGUGUAUAUGCCAUGAUGAUAUAAAUUAUGAAUA